AUGAUCGAGGAAGGCAGUAAACGAGGCAAGGCCAUGGUGGAGAAGAGACAGCUCUUCAUGGAAAUGAGAGCUCAGAACUUCGACGUUAUCAGACUGUCGACUUACAGGACUGCCUGCAAACUCCGGUUUGUGCAAAAGAGAUGCAACCUUCAUCUGGUGGAUGUCUGGAACAUGAUCGAAGCCUUUCGUGACAAUGGACUCAACACAUUGGACCACAAUGCCGAAAUCAAUGUGUCGCGGCUGGAGACUAUCCUGUCUUCCAUUUACUACCAGCUCAACAAGCGACUGCCCACCACCCACCAGAUCAAUGUGGAACAGUCCAUCGGGUUGCUGCUCAACUUCAUGGUGGCCACCUAUGACAGCGAAAGCCAUGGGAAGUUAACAGUUUUCUCAAUGAAAGCAAUGCUGGCAACAAUGUGUGGAGGGAAAAUCGUGGACAAACUGCGUUAUAUUUUCUCACAGAUCUCUGACUCGAGUGGAGUCAUGGUGUUUGCCAAGUUUGAUCAGUUUCUUCGGGAGGUGCUGAAGCUGCCCACAGCUGUGUUCGAGGGCCCUUCGUUCGGUUACACGGAGCAUUCGGUGCGGACAUGCUUCCCUCAGCAGAAGAAGAUCAUGCUGAACACAUUUUUGGAUGUGUUGAUGGCAGAUCCUCCUCCUCAGUGUCUCGUGUGGUUACCACUCAUGCACCGACUUGCUAAUGUUGAAAAUGUCUUCCAUCCGGUGGAAUGUUCAUAUUGCCGGAGCGAGAGCAUGAUGGGUUUCCGGUAUCGGUGCCAACAGUGCCAUGGCUACCAGCUUUGUCAGAGCUGCUUCUGGCGUGGCCAUGCCAAUGGUCCCCAUAGCAACCAGCACCAGAUGAAGGAGCACUCCUCUUGGAAGUCUCCAGCCAAAAAGCUGAGCCACGCAAUCAGUAAAUCUCUAGGCUGCGUCCCCAUCGGAGAGCCACCGCAUCCUGUGUUCCCCGAGCAGGCUGAGAGACCACAGGAACUCACCCAUACUGUUCAGCCGAAACCAGUGGCCAACAACAUGAACGACACAUUGCUCAUGUCCUCUGGGGCACCUACUCCUACCAAAAGUGUCUUGGAGAGUCCCAGCCGGCUAGAUGAAGAGCACCGCCUCAUCGCUCGCUACGCUGCCCGCCUGGCAGCCGAGGCGGGCAACUCUACACAACAGUGUCCUCCAACAGAUCUGAGUUUCAACUUCGAUGCCAAUAAGCAGCAGAGGCAGCUGAUUGCAGAGCUGGAGAACAAAAACAGGGAGAUCCUCCAGGAGAUCCAGAGGCUGCGUUUGGAGCACGAACAGGCCUCUCAGCCGACCCCAGAAAAAGCCCAGCAGAACCCCACCCUUCUCACUGAACUGCGGCUCCUCAGACACAGGAAGGACGAGCUGGAGAGGCGCAUGUCGGCCCUGCAGGAGAGCAGACGGGAGCUAAUGGUGCAGCUGGAGGGGCUCAUGAGGCUUCUAAAGGAUGAGGAGCAGAAGCAGGCUUCGCAGUCUGGAGGCUCCCCUCAUUCUUCCCCCAGUCACGGCGCAGGCUGCUCCAUGCCCAUGCCCAUACGCUCCACCUCGGCUGGGUCCACCCCAACUCACACACCACAGGACUGCCUGGCAGGGGUGGGAGGGGACGUGCUGGAGGCCUUUGCUCAGGGUGUACCUAGAAAUCUUCGGAAUGAUCUAUUAGUUGCUGCUGAUUCAAUCACAAACACCAUGUCAUCUCUGGUGAAAGAGCUCCACUCAGUAGACGACGGGGGAGAGGAAGAGGAGACCAACAUGAGGAACGGUGGGGACAGAGGCACAGUGAGAGUACAGAAGCACUGAGGGACAGAGAACACCAUCCCAUCCUGUAAGGACAUACAGUCA